AUGGCCUCAGCUGGUCUUCGCUACGUACAUGAUGCGAUAUUCGCCAGUCAUAUGUUGGAGUCUAUGCAGCGUCACCAACAGCAACAACAACAACGGCAACAAGAGCAGCUGAGCCAAUUCGGACGUCUUUUACCCAGUUCUACCGGACUCUACGUACUACCGCGAACCGGAGGCUAUCCGGCGGCGUCGGUACGUCUGCCUGUUCCGGAAAACGAGAUCGAGCGCUGUACGGUAUGUCUAUGCGAGUUCGAGACAGGCGAAGAGGUGCGAAAUCUACGUUGUACGCACAUAUUCCACGUGAACUGCAUCGACAAAUGGCUGGUGUAUAAUAAGAAAUGCCCGGUGUGCCGACUGGACCAAUUAGUGCUUCAACGUUCUGAUGGUCGGCUCCCCUCAUUGCAAUUAUACAACCUAUCAUCAUUGUGGUGUUUAUAUUCAUAG